GUCUGGUGUUUCCCGGGAUGCUUUGCGAAAGCAUGGCGGCCACGCUGUGAAUGUCCGCAAGACGGUAAAUAGGGCAUUUUAAUUCAAGAGAGGAAUAAGAAAAGUGGUACCUAACCUCUCUUGUAGAUUAUUCAUCUUGAUAUCCGCCUAACACAGUCUGUAAAGUGAAUGAGUUAGCUUAAUGUCUUGUCCGCCUGAGUGUGUGGAUUACGAACCUUUAGAAGUUGCAGUCCCGAAGCCUCAGUUUUUGUGAACAUGAUUUGUGCUUUUCUACGAGUAGUACAGCAUGCGGAGAAGCUGCACGGGUCCUUGGGCAGGCAGUUGUUGCCACAUUUUGUGUUCACCAAAGCUUGCUUUAAAACUCAGCCUUUGAGAUGGGGGCUGCGAGAGCAGAAGAAAACAGUGCAACCUAGAACUGUCCUUGGGUUCGCCCAGAAAACUUUCUGGACACAAGGACCGGACCCCCGGAAAGCAAAGGAGGAUAGUACCAAGCAAGUGUCUAUUCGCAGAGAGGAGACCGGCGUCUCAGUGUCUCAGAGAGUGAGAGAAGCUGGGAGGAACGUCAGCUACUUGGCAGUGGUGCUCUUUGGAGCCAGCAUUGCAGGCGGCUUGUUAUACACGAUCUUCAAAGAACUGUUUUUUUCAUCCAGCCCUAAUAUCAUAUAUGGGAAAGCCUUAGGAAAAUGCAGAACACACCCUGAGGUGAUUGGUGUAUUUGGUGAGCCUUUGAAAGGCUACGGGGAAAUGUCGAGACGUGGGCGGAGACAGCAUGUCCGUUUUUCUGAAUACGUAAACAAUGGGCUAAAGCGCAUCCAUGUGAAAUUCUACAUUGCGGGCUCUGAACCAGGGAAGGAAGGAACGGUCCAUGCAGAAGUGGAAGAGAACCCAGGGAGUGGCCAGUUUGAAUUUCGAUACAUAUUUGUGGAAGUGACUCCUACAAGAUCUAUUAUUGUUGAAGAUAACCGUUCCCAACAAAGUUAGAAAGCCUCAAGCCAGCGUACUACUUCCUGCCAAGAAUAAAGGGAUCUGUUCUCACUGUGAUCCUCAGAAUUCUCUUCCAGAAUUUGUUCAAAACAAGAAUAAAGUUUGUCACACAGAAAGGAAGUGCAAUGUGACUGUUCAUGGGUUCGGACAAACAGAUCUUUCUUGUAAAAAAUCAUGAAAUGUAGCAAAUUUUACAUUAUAUUCAAUUGCCAAUCAUGACAUUAUUUCAGCUCUACAUUCAUGAUAAACUUACUAAAAUUUAUAUACACAUAAGUAAAGUUUUAAGUAUUUUAUGCUGUUUAA